AUGGCCAAUGCGAAGCGCCGGAAGCUGCAGCGCCAACACCCCAAGGCGCAAAAGCCCAAACCAACCCUGCACGCCCGACCCGGCACCACUCCCAGCAAGCAAGCCCCCAAGAAGCCGCGCCAGCAGCAGCAGCAACAGCACGAAGCGCCCGUCAUCCCCUUCCACCCCGAGGACAAGAUCCUGCUCAUUGGCGAGGGGGACCUGAGCUUCGCGGCGUCUAUAAUCCGACACCACGGCUGCGUCGACGUCACCGCCACCGUGCUGGAGCAGGACCAUCAAGAGCUGGCGGGCAAGUACCCGUCCGUAGACGACAACAUAUCCGUCAUAACAGGGCUCCGCAAAGCCCAGCAGGACAAGGACGACGACGAAGCGGGAGGUACCGACGACGACGAGAAGAGCACCGACUCGCACGGCAAGGCGCCAAACGACGCAAGCCCCCCCUCGGCAUCCCGCAGCAACAACAGACUCCUCUACAACAUCGACGCAGCCAAGCUUCCCGCCUCGCUCACCCGCCCGGUAUACUCCACCGUCCUCUUCAACUUUCCCCACGUGGGCGGCAAGUCGACCGACGUGAACCGCCAGGUCCGGUACAACCAGGAGCUGCUGGUGUCCUUCUUCAAGGGGGCCAUGCGCGCGCUCCGGCCCGGCGGCAGCAUCGUCGUCACGCUGUUCGAGGGCGAGCCCUACACGCUCUGGAACAUCCGCGACCUCGGGCGCCACUCGGGCCUGCAGGUGGAGAGGAGCUUCCGGUUCCAGGCCGCCGCGUACCCGGGCUACAGGCACGCGCGGACGCUGGGCGCCGUGCGGAAUAAAAAGGGCGAGGUGGGCGGCGGGUGGAAGGGGGAGGAGAGGAGCGCGAGGAGCUACGUGUUUAGGAGAAAGGGGGAGGUCGUGGAGCAGAAGAAGAAGAGGAGGAGAGGGGACGACGAUUCGUCAGAUGAAGAUGAUUGA